AUGAUAAUAAAUGAAAAUGAAUAUAACGAACAUUUAAGAGUAACUUCAAGUUGUUGGUUAAGUAAAAAUAAAAUAAAUAGUUUUGAAAAUAAAAAAAAAAAUUCAAGUAAAAAGAAUACUGGAAUUUGUCCUAACUUUAAUAUAUGUCCUAUAUCUGUUACUUUGCCAAUUAUAAAAUUAAAAAAUGAUUUAGAUUGUAUAAGUGAAAAUAAGCAAAUAAAUAGAUUAAGAGAGAAAAAGAAUAAAGGAAAGAUACAAGAAAUAAAUUUCAGAAAUGAAGAUGAAAUUUCUUCUAUUCUAUUAAGAAGUAAAGCGUUUAAUGAAACAUGGAAUUUAUUAAAUAAUUUUAUGAAUUGUUUUAUUUAUAAUUAUUUAAAUGAAAUGAUAGAAAAAGAAAUAAAUUUUUUAAACAACAAUUUGUGUCUUAAAGAUGACAAAUUGUCGUUAUUAAUUAUAAAAACCCAAAGUUGUUCUUUUGUAAAUCUAUUACAAUAUAGAAUUAUAUCUCAAAAAUUAAAAAAAUUAAAUAAUUGCGAUCAAAAAGAAAAAAAAGAAAAAAAUGUUUUAGAAGAUGAUAUAUUAAAUUAUAAGAGCUUGAAUAAUCAGUCAAAAUCAUUUGUAUUACUAAAAAAAGAAAAAUAUAUAAUAUCUUGCAUAAUUAAUGCUUAUUCAAAUGAUACAGUAGAAAGUAUAAUUAGUAGAAUUAUUAAAAAAAUUAAUUCUAAUGUUUUUAUAAAAAUAGAUAAAAACAAUUUAAAUGACUUAUUUAAUAAAAUAUUAAAAAAAAAAAAUAGUGUUUUAAUUAUUUUUAUGAAUAAUUAUUUGAAAUUAAAAGCAUCUACAUUUAAUGGAAUUUUGUUAUAUUUAACACAUUUAAAAGAACUACAUUCUGUAAAUAUUAGUGUUAUUAUAACCAAUAAUUGCGUCUUAUCUGCUCUGAGUAAUUUAGAUCAUUUUAUAAAAAAAAAUUUUCAUGUUAAUAUUUGUAAUUUAUAUUUAAAUUAUUAUAAUUUAAUCGAAAAUAUUAUAUUUUCUCCUAUCUUUAAUAAUAUUAUAUUUAAGAUAAAAGAAUAUAACUCUUUAAUAGAUCAUAUAUUUUUUUGCAAUCAUAACUUUAGCUUUUUAAAACUAAAAUAUUUUUUUUAUUUGUUUAUACGAGAUUUUUAUGAUAAAAAAAUACUAUCUUUUUUAAAUAUUCCUCUAAUAUACUUUAAUAAUAAGAAUGAAACAAAUGAAAAAUCAAAUAAUAAAGACGAUUAUACUAAUAAUUUCAAUGAAUUCAAAUUUAACCUAAUUGAGUCUUUUGAUUUGAUUAACGUAGAAAAUAUUCAUGAAAAAUUUAUUCUUUUGCUGUUUGCAAGUAAUUUUUAUGAGAAACAUAUUAAUUAUUUAAAAUAUAAAAGUAACUAUCACUUUUUAUAUAUUGAAAAUCAGUUAAAUAAGAAAAGUGAGAAAAACAUAAAAAAUAAUAAUAAAAAUGGUAACAAAUGUAAUUCAUUACUGUUAUCAAAAAGAAAAAGAGAAAAUAUUAAAGUUGCAAAUACUAGUAUAUUAGAUGAUCAUAAAUCAAAUUUUGAAAAAGAAAAUAUAAUAAAAAAGAAAAAUAAUAAAAUAAAAAAUUCUAUUAUGGAAAAAUUAGAAGAAAAAGAAGAAAAAUAUAAUGGAAACAUAUGUAAAAAAAAAAGAAAAAUAAAUCUCAAGUAUUCAGAUAAAAUUUUUGAAGAAAAUGUUGAUGUGGUAAACAAAAGAAUUAUGAAUAAAGAAAAAAAAGAAAAUGAAUCUCUUUUUAAUUGUAUUAUGAAUUUUAACUUUAUGAAGUGUGAGUAUGAAUAUGAUAGUUCUAAUAACAAUAGUUCAAAUAAAAAAAUUAUAAAUAGAAAGAAAGAAAAUAAUAAUAAUAAUAAUAAUAAUAAUAAUGAUGGUGAUGGUAAUGAAAGAAGUGAAUUAAGUAAAAAGAUGAAUAAUAAUAAUGAAAAAGAAUAUUUAAUAAAUGAAGCUAAUAUGAGUGAAAUAAAUUUUUAUUCAAAAAAUGAUUCUAUCAAAAAAAAAUUAAAAAUUAAUGAAAAAUUCAAGAAUUUUUAUUUUCAAAAUUACUCCACACAUUAUUUAUCUGAAGGUUUAUCACCGAUUAACAGACUAAUUGAUGGAGACUUUAUAAAUAAUUGUAAUGUAUUAAAGCAAUAUGUAAUAAAUAAUAUAUCUAUUCAUAUGAAAAGUGAACAUAAUUUUGAUUCUUUUAAAAUGCUUAAGAAAGAAUGGAGUAAUAAUGAAUAUAAAAAAAUAUACAAAUAUGAACAAAUAGCUUCAAACAUGGAAAGACAUCUUAAUAAAGAAAAAAAAAAAAAAAAAAGAAACAAAAAAUUUAUAAGCAUGGAAGAAAAUAUAAUAAAACAAAAAAAGAUUGAAGAAGAAAACACAAAAAAAAUGUUAUUACUGUAUUUACAUAAAAGUUUAACUAUAUCUAUUAGUAAAAAAAUGAUUAAUUUUUUAUAUAAAAAGAAAAAAUAUAACAUGUCUCUCGUAAUUAUUAAUACAAUCUUAAAAAAUAUACCAACAUAUUCUUCAUUAAGAAGAAGAAUAAAAUUUUUAAAAGAGCUGUAUAAAAAAUAUGAACAAAAAUUUUAUGUAAAAACAGAAGAAGACCUCAAAAAAGCAAAUGACGAAAUUGAAAAAGAAUUAAAACAAACUUUAAAUACAAUUUGUGAUAUUCUUAUAAAUCUUUAUAUUAACAAAAUUCAUUUAUUAAAAAAAAUAAUGUACGACAUUUAUGAAUUUUUAAAAAAUGUUUCAUAUGUUAAUAAAUUAGAAAGUUAUGUUAACAAAAAUAAUUCAUUAAAUCUGUCUAUUUUUUUUGUAAAAUUAAAUCACUUAAUUGCUUUUAUUAAUUUUUGCAUUGAUUUAAGAAAAAAAAAAGGAAAUUAUUUUGAUGAAGUAAAUAAAAAUAAUGUAAAUUAUUUAAAUCAAGAAAAUUAUAUUUUAAAUAGUGAAUCAAAAAAAGUAACUUCCUAUAGUUACAAUAAUUAUAUUUAUGAAACUCCAAAAAAAAUACAUUCCAUGGAUAACUUUAACAUCAAUAACGAGCAAAUAAAAUUGAAAAAUUAUGGAAUAUGUGAAAAUAUAUGUAAUGAUGAAAUAAAAGAAAAAAUUUCCAUUAACAAAAACGAAGAAUGUAAUUCAAAACACCUGGUAAAUGGCUUUAUUAGUCCUGAUAUAUAUAAUCAAACAUAUAGCACAAAUCAAAUUAACUUAAAUUCUCAAAAAAACAAACAAAAGAAAAGUAGCACAGAAAUGUAUUUGAAGAAAUUCAAUGAUUCUAAUAUAGACCUAAAUUUUCUUGAAUUCCUUUUGGUUUUCUUUUGCGAAUAUUUUUAUUUCCUUUUACUUCCAUGCAUAUUUUUAUUACCAUUAUCAAAUGAAUGCAUAAUACAUGAUCAUGGAUCGGAAUUUUUUAAUAUCUUUAAUAUUAACUUACAAAUGAAACUGUUACAUAUUCUUUAUUACAAUAAGUUGGAUGUUAAAUAUUUAAAUAAUUCUAAUGUACUUUUAAAUCACAAUUUUUAUCAAAUUAAAAAUAAUUUAAAAAAUUCUGACAUUAAAAUGGAAGGUUGCCAAAAUAAUACAGAUAUUAAAGGAAAUAAAAUAAUUCCUUUGAAUAACAUAGAAGGUAAAUCUAAAAUUGAAGAUGUUGUAAUUUUAUUUAAAAUAAUGGAGAAUAUGAAAGCAAAAUAUAUAAAUGGAUGCAAUAUGUUUUUUGAAUACAUUAACAUGAAAUUAAAUUCAAAUUAUGAGAACAACAUAAAAGAACCCCUAUAUGGCGAGACUUUUCAAGAAUUAUUUUAUCAAUUCAUUAUAGCUGUUAUGUCUCUUUUUUAUUUUAUGAAAAUAAUUUAUAUUCCAUCGUCUUUUGUAAAAAGUAAAAAUGAAUUAGAAAUGUCAAUAAAUUACGAUGAGCAUAAUUCAAAUACUUAUGAUAAAAAUAGUAUUCAUGAAAAGCUCGAUAAAGAAAAAAUAAAAGAAGGUGUAGAUGUUGAUUUAGCAGAAAUAUCUGAUGAAAAAAAGUUAACUAAGGAUAGCUUUUCAACAAAUGAAGACACAAUAUCAUCCUUUGAUAAUGAAAAAUAUAUAGAAGAUUUCAAAUAUAAAAAUUACAUUUUAGAUAAGUUAUACCAUAUAAAUAUAAAAAAAUUGAUAUUUGGAAAAAAUUAUAUUGUUUGA